AUGUCCUCAUCAGCCGCGGAAGCACCUACGCCCAGCAUUUCCUCUCCGCCCGCCAAGCGCGUCAAAACCACCACCGACGAAGCCGCCUCCACCAUGUCUGCCGAGCAGAUCCCCUCGCUGCAGGUCAAGAAGCUCUCGCCCGCCGGCCGCAUCCCCACGCGGGGCAGCGCCUUUGCCGCCGGCUACGACGUGUACGCCGCCAGAGACACGACGGUGCCUGCGCGCGGCAAGGUGCUCGUCGACACCGACAUUAGCAUCGCCGUCCCUGCCGGUACCUACGGCCGCAUCGCGCCCCGCUCCGGCCUGGCGUCCAAGCACUUCAUCGACACCGGCGCUGGCGUGAUUGAUGCCGACUACCGCGGUCAGGUCAAGGUGCUGCUGUUCAACCACGCCGAGGCCGACUAUGCUGUCAAGGAGGGCGACCGCAUCGCGCAGCUCGUUCUGGAGCGCAUCGUGACGCCAGAGGUCGUCGAGGUCGAGGAGCUUGAAGAGAGUGUCCGCGGCGCCGGUGGCUUUGGCAGCACCGGCUACAACAAAGAAAAACAAUAG